AUGUUCACUCCUCCCCUGAUUGCUUAUACAUUACAAACCCUAAACCCUAAAAUAUAACAAGUGUAACAGUCACUAUUCUUCAUUCAAGAUCGAUUCGUCAGAUUUUGAUUUUAAAAUGUCUAGUUAUUUUUUGUGGAAGAAGAUGAUUGAGGGCGGUAACUGAUUUAACCGGUGAUCAGCUGAUACAUUUUAUACGUGGGAGUUUGAAAUUUCCUUAAGUUUUUUCCAUACCAAUAAAGUGCUUUGGCUGUUGAUUUGAUUCAUGUGGUUAUAGGCCAUGGUAAUCAAGGACAAAGACUUGCGCAAAAAGGCUAAACUGCUUGAGAAGAAGAGAUUGCAGAAAUACAAAAUCAGUGCUGAACAGUUACUUGUACUUGAGGAACUACUAGGAUAUAUUUAUGUUAAUGGUCAGCCAAAGGCAAGUGAUUAUUACAAUAGAAAAGAUCUGGUGCGGAUUUUCAAUGAGAUAUCAAAGGAAAUUUAUGGGAAGCUGGGUGAGAUACCGGUUGUUGUCGGUUUUGGCUCAUUCUUAAUGGACAUCUUCACUGCUAAAAGUGAUCUUGAUUUAUCUGUCAAUUUCAGUGACGGCACUUCUGAUUUUCCUUUGGAGAGCAGGAUUCAAGUUCUUCGAAAGUUUGCAAAGAAGUUUUAUGCACUUCAAAGGAAAGGUCAUGUUACUGGGGUGCAGCCAAUCUUGAGUGCCAAGGUACCUAUUUUAAAAGUUGCUGACUAUGGAACUGGCAUUGAAUGCGAUAUAUCAGUCGAGAACAGAGAUGGAGUUCUUAAAUCUCAGAUUGUUCGCAUGGUUUCUUCCAUCGAUGAAAGAUUCCAGAGGCUAAGUUUCUUGAUGAAAACUUGGGCAAAGGCACAUGAUAUAAACAGCUCAAAAGAUCGUACUCUGAACUCCUUAUCCAUAAUAUCAUUGGUUGCAUUUCAUUUGCAGACUUGCAAGCCUCCUAUAUUGCCUCCUUUUUCGGUGGUGUUUAAAGAUGGAGCUAAUCCAGUGGAUGUGGAGAAAAUAGUCAAAAGCUUACAUGGCUAUGGGAAGGAGAAUAAAGAAUCCCUUGGUGAGCUUUUUGUAAAUCUAUUAGUGAAGCUAGCAUCAGUGGAGAAUCUGUGGCGCAAAGGUUUAUGUGCGAGCUCAUACCAAGGAUACUGGAUACGCAAAACAUGGGAUUCCAAAAUUAGCCAUAUGAGUGUAGAGGAUUUCACCGAUCGAUCUGAAAACGUAUCUAGGGCAGUGGGAGAACCUCAGCUAAAGAAGAUAUACAAAUGCAUCCACCUCUCUCUUGAGCACAUUUCAUCUUACACUGUUGGUAAGAUUGACAAGACAAAGCUGAAGGAAUUAUUGUUUGUUUUGUCGAAACCUGAUGUAGCUUCAAACAAACCUAUGUCAAAAUACAAUAAGAAAAGGAAAGCGGAAGCAGGUCGUCUCAACGAUAUGAAAAGAGCAAAGUUGGUUUGUCGAGGAGGAGGAGGUGAAGGAUGGGAAUCGUCGACAACAGAAACGAAAAAAGGAGGCUGGGAUGCGGUUGGUCCGAACAACGAAUGUAAUAUGAAAGUAGUGGUGCUGGGAAACGGUUGGGGCUCUUGGGGUGGUAUUUCUUCAAAGGGUUGGGGCUCUUGGGGUAUGACCAAAUGCUGAUUAGCCAAUAUUAGUAACAACCCUUGUGAGAUCCAAGGGCCUUUUUUGUGAUUAUUAUUAUAUAUAUACUUAAGUGCUGAAUCCUUUAUUAGUAAACUAUGAAUUGUUGCAAAACGAAAGUUUAAUAUAAAAGAAAAAAACCAGCAAAUAGUUUGAGGAUAAGUUUGUAAUUUAUUUAUUGUAAUUUAAAAAACGGUAGUUUGUUCAUAUUUAA